AUGGGUGGUAGCAAUAGGUUUUUACAGGGUCCAGCUACACAUGGAACGUUUGGUACUCCUCAAAGUCUACGUCUGUCGUGCGGUAAUUGUAAUUCACCAUUUUCUAUACCAUCACCCGAAUCCCAUUCGUUUGGACGUAUGAAUGCGUUUACUGCACUUCUAUCUGGCAGGAACCCUUCCAAUGCUGCAGGACUUAUAACCGCAAGAUGUCCACAUUGUCAUAAAGUUACAUCUGUUGGUCCAGCCUUUGCUCGUGCACACUGGAUAGGUUAUAGUGUACUUGCUAUCAUUGCUAUUAUCAUAGCUAUUAGUGUAACUGCAGGGACAGCUGAAGCUGCAAUAGGAAACAAUGCUCUGUACUUCCUUUGGUCAAGUUAGUCUAUAAUCUUGGUUAUUUGGUAUUAAUCUUUUUAUAAGUUGCAUGUCAUUAUCAUAACAGUUCAGACCACUUACCAGCUCUAAGGUUGAUCUUUCUUCUAAAGCCUUUUAUUAUGUUGAAUAUUCAGUGAUAGGAAAAUUACCUACAUAUAUUAUUAUAUUUUAUUUGCAACAAAUAACAGGUUACCAUUGCUGCACAUAUUAGUACUCAGUAUAUAUGGUGAUCGAUGCUUACUCUGCCACUAAUCAUUCAUUGCAGACCACCUCUUUAAAUUAAUCAUAUUAGCAACUUCUUAAUUUAUACUGGCCAUGUUAUGCAACUAAGUAAGCUGUUUCAUCCAGUUUUCUAUGGAAUCAUGGAUAGGCACUUGUGAAUAAAACGAAGUUGCAUUACUUUAGGUGAUAUUGAAGUUAAGAGAAUGUUUGUAUAUAUUGGGACGAGUCAGUAAAUGUUAACAUUUCGAAGCAAUAAUCUUUGUAACUUGGUGCUAUGAUCUACAGAUAUUUUAGCUAUUUUCAUUUAACACAUUAUUUACGAACUCUGGGAAUGAUGGCAAAAGGUGGUGAGGCUGUUGGUUCAAGGCAUGAAUAUGUGGAAUAAUGUGUACCUCAAUAGGGUUUAUUAAUUAUUUAUGACUCUCCUGGUUGGUUCUUAAAAAGUAUACAACUCAGUGGCCUGACACGUAGGGAUCUCGCUGUGGUUUUCUUUCAGCCCGUUAUUUAUAAACAGUGUAGAGCCUGGCACAUGUGCAUUAGUCCAAGUUGCUACACCACAUCAGCACAGCGAAAUGAUUACGAAGUGGUAGUAAGAGCCCCCGAAUGCCUUAUUACGGUCGAAGGUGAAGAGUGCUCUUCAUGAAAUACAGCCACUACCAAGGAAGUUCUACUGGCUGCCUUCUCGUGACGAGGGUGUUGUUUACGAAAUUGAGAGGACGAAAAGAAAAUGUCUGGCUUUUAAACCGAGUGGAUAGGUAUGGAGGAUCCACCUAGAGGAGUUGGAAAAUCCUGAUUCCAAACCAAUGGUGCAC